AUUCUAAACUUAAUCCUUUCUCUUUCUCUCUCUCUUCACUUCAUCUGCAAAUUGAGCUGUAAGAAUGGGAGAAAGAUUGGUGCUAUCUGUUUUUAGGACAGUGAACUGAUAGGAGCCUGGAAAGGAGAGUUUACCUCUGAUUUUACAAUGCCAGUUCCUCUUGCUCCAUAUCCGACACCUCCAGCGCCAUAUACUCCUCCUGCCAAUGGUGCUCAAAGCCAGCUUGUGUGUUCUGGAUGUCGAAAUCUAUUACUCUAUCCAGUUGGAGCAACCUCUGUGUGCUGUGCUGUUUGCAAUGCAGUAACCGCUGUGCCACCUCCUGGCACAGAAAUGGCUCAGUUGGUUUGUGGAGGCUGCCAUACCUUAUUAAUGUUCAUCCGUGGAGCCACAAGUGUUCAAUGUUCGUGUUGUCACACAGUUAAUCUGGCCUUGGAAGCAAAUCAGGUGGCACAUGUAAAUUGUGGGAACUGCAGGAUGUUACUAAUGUACCAGUAUGGAGCACGAUCUGUAAAAUGUGCAGUUUGCAAUUUUGUGACAUCAGUUGGGGUCUCAGCUAGUGCUGCCGAACAGAAGUUCAACAGUUAAAAUUACUUCACACCCAAGUUGAUUAUUAGAAGCUACAACUUUGGUUUUGCACAUUACAAAUAUCCCCCUCCACGGUUGCAUCCCUCAGCAAAAUAGAGGAAACUCCCUCCUGUCAUGUAUAGAGUUAUUUUUUCUUGCGUGACUUAGUUAAGAAUAAGAAGUUUUGGCAGCAGGUUGGAUGUAUGAUAAGCAUUUCCAUCAGAGAAGACUUUUAGGUUGAACAAUCGACUAUCUCCUUCCGAUAAGAUAAUAUUUGUUUUCAUUUACUUUGCUAUGAGUAUGAGUGGCAUUAAAUACAGGGCAUAAAGUUUAUCUCUGAUACUUUUCUUUUUCUGCUAUGUAAUUGUCAAUGGUCUAAGUUCAAACAAUUGUUUCACAGUCAUUCUGGGUAUGCCACAUAUAUUGACCCAAGAAAAUCACAUUGGGGACCAAAUAGAUUUUUCAUUGAAAAUGUUGAGGUGCAGAUUUUAGAGAAUCUAGUUGAUUACGUGGUAGAUGAUGUGUGAUGACAUCAAUUAGUAACCUCUUCAGAGUUCAGACUAUAAAGUCCAGAAAAGUACUAUUAAGCAAGCACAUGUCGUGGCAAGAUGUAAGUUUCCAAUAAUUGUUUGAUUCGGCCUAUUAACUCAUCUAA